AAUUGCAAUUGUGAGUUUUCACUCCAAGAGGUCAGGCCCUUACGACUGCUUGAGAAGCGAGACUCAGUCACGGGGGACGCUGAUGAUCUUUACGAAAUCCUCUCCUAUUAUCUCAAGCGUCAUAAAGUGCAGGAUUUUGAGAGAAAUCCGUAAACAAAUUUUGAUCCCGAAGAUGUCCAGUGCCCCUGACGGAGGCUGGGGAUGGGUCAUCGUGGCCGCCGUCACCAUCAGUAACCUGGCGCUCUUACCGCUUCAGCAAAGCUUCGGUCUCGUGUUCAAGAGCCGGUUUACAGAGCUAGGAAUGACGGCAACGGAGAUGUCAUUCAUUUUCUCUCUCACCGCGGCGAUUAUGGGCAGUCUUGGUCUGAUAAACGGACCUCUAAUGAAGAAAUUCUCGUUCCGAACCGUCGCCCACUUGGGAACAACUGUCAUCUUCUUCGGAAUCUGUCUUACCGCCUUUGCCGAUUCUUUGGGGACCAUAGUCGCCGCCUACUGUAUUUUCAUAGCCAUCGGACAAAGCAUGAUGUACUCCGCAAUCAGCUUGGCUCUGAACACAUACUUCUGUAAGAAACGGAGCGUCGCAAUGGGCCUGACGAUUACACUCUCUGGCUUGGGUCCAAUAGUGAUGCCCCAGCUGAUAGUCAGGCUUCUGAAUAACUACGGAACGACGGGAACGAUACUGAUUCUGGCGGCAAUUGCGCUGCACUCUUUUAUCGGGGCGAGUUUACUGCGUCCUCUGGAUACAAACGGCAAGAUUUCGGACGUGGAACAAGUCCCAGUGGCUUCUGGAGACCCGGAAGCCCGGAGUCGCGACAUUGAAACCAAAAACAAAAUCGAGACGGCCGAUGAUUCCAGCAAAAGUUCCGCCCCCGCUGCUCUGGAGGAAGUCAAGCUAAUCGUCAACAUUCGCGGGGAUGAAAGCAAGGAUAAAAAAUGCGAUACCAUCGUAGUCGAGGAUAACUUACUGCCCUUUUCCGCGCUGGAAGAAUCGAAAACGAAAAGCGAGAGCAUACUGUCGAAAAUUUCAGCCAGCCUCGACCUCGAUCUUCUCCGUAACAACCACUUCGUGGUCAUCGUCCUGGGAAUGGGGAUAACACUCGUAUCCGAGUACAAUUUCAACUCGAUGAUACCCUUGAUACUCUCAGAACUGGCGAACCUCACACCCUCCGAAGUCGCGACGGUAAUGUCUGUCCAGGCCUCGGCGGAUAUAAGCGGAAGGCUCUGCGUUCCCCUGAUCACGCAGAAGUUCGGCUGGUCUUCUAUGAACCUCUACGCCGUUUCCCUCUUGGGCUCCAUCCUAGGACGAUCGGUUCUCGCAUCGUGGAGCAGCUCGUACAUGGUAAUAAUUGCGGCCUCUCUGCUCAUUGGCAUCGCCAAAGGUACCAAAGCCGUAUUCCAAGCCCUGGUUGUUCCAGACAAUGUUCCCCUGGCAAAGUUACCAGCCGCUUCCGGUCUCCUGAUGAUUUGCAAUGGUGUCCUCUCGAUAACCUUGGGUCCAUUGAUAGGCUUGGUUCAUGACAAGACCCACAGCUAUGUGACGUCUCUUCAUUUCACAUCAGCCCUGAGCCUCUCCUGCAUCCUUCUAUGGAUCGGCGAACGCGUAUACAAUUCGAGCAGGAAAACUUCAAAAGAACCGAGUCAAGAUGGGAAAAACUGUGAAGAAAAUUACACGAUCUGGAAUAAGGAAGAAAUGAAACAACAAGAGAAGCACGAUGACGAUGAUAAGAAGCAGCAAGAGCCGUUUAUCGCUCCGGAUGGAGGUUGGGGUUGGAUUGUGGUCCUUGGAGCAGGCUUCGCCAAUUUCUGCAUAUUCCCGGUCCUCCAGUCUUUCGGUAUCAUAUUCCGAGAUAAGUUUGAAGAUCUGGGAAUCACCUCCGCGCAGACGACCACCAUUAUCAAUACGAACAGUGCGGUGACCGCGUGCAUAGGUUUGGCCAAUGGACCCCUCUUCAGAAGAUUCACAUACAGACAAGUAUCACUCUCCGGAGCUCUGAUCUGUGCAAUAUGCGUGACUACUUUGUCCACCAUGAAGACCUUCACCGGGAUUUUAAUAUUUUUCUCCAUUCUUUUCGGCGCGGGUACCGGAAUUUCGUCAUCAGCAAACUCGUUGGCUUUGAAUACCUACUUCAAGAAAAAAAGAAGAAUUGCAACGGGUUUGAGCUGGACGUGUACUGGUCUAGGGCCAAUUAUCAUGCCUCAGAUCAUCACUCCGCUGUUGCCGAUUUUUGGAGUCGCAGGAACUGUGCUAAUUUUCGGCGGAUUUGCGUUCAACGCUGUUCCCUGCGCCCUUCUACUGCAGCCAGUUUCGUGGCACAUAAAGAAAAAGAAAGCCAUCGAUCGAGCGGAAAUUGACGAAAGCGGGAAAAGUCUUUUGAACGAAUCGCAGAGUAAAUCUUUGGAGAAUGUUAAUGAAAAUACGAAAUUGGCCAGGGAGAAUCGGUUCAGCGAAAGGUUCAGCAGUCAGUAUCUUUACUACGAUGAUGAGGAGCACGGCGCUUCUGGAAUCGACGUCUUCAACCCCGGAACACCGAUGAUGUCAAAAGCGAACGAUGGAUGGUAUUCCCGACAGUCAAUCGCGGCUUCGAACAACUCCCUGGCUUCGAAUAAAAUAUCAAAUAGGGAGAAUUCUCAAAAAAAUUUGAGCAGGUACCCGUCAGUGAGUUUAAGCAGACAUUCAAGCUGCAAAGCUCUGAGCAGGCAAAACAGCGAGAGCGAAUCGCGAAGCAACCCUUCUGAAAAGCUCCCGAAACGAAAACUCUCGAAUCUACCAUCGGCGAUCAAUUCCCCGUUGGUUAUGGUGAGCGAGUCCUGUGAACACCUGGACGAAGGUUGUAACAAGGAAAAAUGCAACAACGAGGAGUGCGUUAAGAGGAGGUUGGCUCAAAUCUUCGAAACUAGGAUGAACACCCCGGAAACUACGCCGGACAAUCAAGUCGCUGAAACCGAGAACGAAUACAAACCGGUUCAAUACGAUCUCGGGGCACCGUGGUACAAGCGGUUCUUCAAAAUGGUAGUUAUCUUCUUCGAUCUUGACCUACUGAAGGACCUGAGUUACGUGAACUUGAUGAUGGGCGUGACGUUUGCGAACUUUGCAGAGAUCAAUUUCUCCCUGUUAACACCUUUCAUCCUGGCUGAGUACGGUCUUGACCCCACGGAAAGGGCAAUGGCCAUGUCAAUUCUGGCUGGCGUCGACGUUGCGACCAGGCUGUUGAUACCGUUCGUGGCCGGGUACAUCGGAUGGCAAAACAAGUUCUUCUUCGUCUUCGGUGUUUGCCUAAUGGCAGUUGGUCGUGCCGUUCUCGCCCACAUGCACAGCUACUGGAUGAUGAUGUUCCUGUCUGUAUGGAUCGGGGUAGGAAAAGGAUUCAAGACCAUAUUCAUGGCUCUGGUUAUUCCGACGCAUGUGACCCUAGAUCGGCUGCCAGGAGCUACUGGCCUGCAACUCAUCUUCAGUGGCAUCAUGUUCCUCGUCCUGGGUCCAGUUGUUGGCUGGGUUCGUGAUACGACCGGUGAUUAUACCCUGAUGCUCCAUUUUCUAAACGUCUUCACGUUCAUGACGUCCAUAUCUUGGAUUACCGAAAAAUGGAUAACCAAAUGGCGGCAGAGGAAGAGGAUCGCUGAAGAAGAGUGCACCGGAGACGUUGAGAAGUCUUGAUGAUAUUUUAACAGUCGUCUGAUGCGGCGGUGAAAUAGAUCGUGAAUUCGGAACCUGAUGUAUAUAAUAUGAAUAUGAGUACAUUAACCAAAACGGAUCUCGGAAGAAAUCUAUAGCAGUAUUAAUCGGUUGGCAUACGAAGAAGGAACGCUGUUCCUCUUCACCUAUAAAUAUUAACAGUUGUAUCGUAGGUAGCAUAUUAUAUAUACGUGUAUUUGAAACGACCAUGGGUCACCAACACGUACGAACUUGAAUACUGGACUCUUGCUCUUUGGGAUCAUGAGAACAAAAAAUAGUCGAGUAACCGGAAGAUAAAACUGAACACCAAUGACGUGCCUCAAGUAACUAAUAAUAUCUUACUAGAAUUAAUUUAUAAUACCAGACAGAGAUAUGUACAAAAAAUAAUCAAUUGCUGAGUACAAUAAAUUUUAUUUUUUGUA